AUGACAGCUCUGAGGCAUGUCUGGGUCGUCCCGGAGACGAACGAGGUCUUUACCAAUUACGAAUCAUAUCUCCAGCGCAUGGAUUUCUACAAACAGAGAAAGUUUAUCUGCGAGAUUACUGGACAUUCAGGAUUGACAUUUUUUGAGGCUCAUCGGAGUGAGAUGGAAGAAUCGCGCGAAGUGAACAAUUCUUUCCCCGACGCCCUUAAAGGACCUAUCCUGCGUAGGACGCAGUUUUCCACAGUAUCGCGGGUCGAUAACCUAGUGGACGAAAUCUACGAAGAAUUCAAGCAAGACUUUUACCCUGGCGAACCGGUCCUCAUUUUACUCGAUGAUAAUACACGCUUACACGGAGUGAUCAGAGACAAAGCGAACUUCGCCGAGCAGCUUUACCCCGAUGGAACCGUUAAGCAAGCGGCGUACGCGACAUAUUUGGUCAAAGUGUUGGAUCGUCCAAAUGAGGAGGCUCUGUUGGAUCAACAUCACAUCACUCGCGACAGGAAGACUUUCACUAAGCAGAUGCUGCGAGCAUUCAUUAAGAACAACGUGACGAGAGAGUCUUGGAACGGUGCCCCAUGGCUGGUGAAGCCGUCGAUCGCUGAAGAGUUUAGGAUAUCAACUGAAGUACCGAAACACUUGCAGUACGGAGCAAGGGUCGCUGAGAAAAAGGCGCAAAAGAAGGCCGAUCAAGAAGGAUUCUUUGGAUUUUUCGCAUCACAGCAGCUUCCUGAGUUGAAGCCAGCUGUCAAGGGUCAAAAGACAAAACCAUCACCCCAGGACUUGGCUCGAUCCGAAGAAGCGCAAUUCCUGGAGUAUAAACGGUCCCUCAACGGCAAUCCAAGUUUUCUUGUUGGCAACAAACCCACCAAUGGACCUUCACGACCUCUGAAGCCCCAGGAUGCUGAAAAGAUAUCCCCGCCUACCCCUGCUGUUGUAAUCAAGGCCGAGCCCCCAAAGCCACCUACGCCUCCGCCCAUCAAAUAUCCCAUUGAAGAUCUUGACAUUCCCCCGAAUCGUGACAAAAAGAAACAGCGGCCGCCGUUGAAGUUUUUGAAAGCAAAUGAAACCGAUGAUGCCGAUGAUGAAGAUCUCUUGCAAGACAGUAUUGCGAAGGAAUCUGUGGGUCUUUUCCUAGAGACUUGGAACACUCUCAACGUGUACUGUGAAGUUUUCCAACUGGAUUCCUUCACCUUUGACGAUUUCUUUCAGGCAAUGAGAUUUUCAUCGGAUGAGGUUGACUGCGAACUUUUCGUCGAGAUACACUGCGCUGUGCUGAAGAAGCUGGUCAAUGAGGAGAAGGAUAACAAUGGUGCGAUUCAGAUCUCGCUUCCUCAACUUCCGAUCGAAGAAUUGAGCGAAUCAUCAGACGACGAGGGCGAGGAAGACGAGGAGGGAGAGGAAGAUGAAGCUGAGCCGACGCCCGAGCCUGUCGUGACACGAAUGACUACCCGUGGAAGCUUAGCCAAAGCAGAGGCCGAAAACCUAAAAGCCCAGGUGGGCGGCGUUUCUGAACCGGAAGAAGUCAAAAUCCACCGCGCUACCGAAAUGCUGUCUGAGUAUGGGUGGAUUGACCGUUUGCGCAAGCGCGAUUUCCGAAAUGGCGGAUGGGAAAUGGUAAUGAUCGGGCUCCUGCACCAACUUUCGGCUCGCCCAUCUAUGGAGAAGAUUUGCAACCAAAUCCUGGAACAUCUUGCCCCUCUGGAUCAAGAACCAUCGCAAGAAACCGCCCGAAAGCAAUAUUCAACCCUUGACGUCAACCUCCGAAUCAGAGCUCUUCAAAUAAUCUGCAUGUUGAGCCUUGAGACCAAGGCUAUUCGCAAUUAUCUGGAAGAAUGCAGCAAUCAAAUGACAGAAUUUCGAAAAGAGAAGAUCGAAUAUCAAAAGGCUCGCAAAGCAGCACUCGAGGAACUUCGGCGUUUACACCAGGAACGCAAAGCCCUCCAACCUGAGCUUGAGAAAUCGCCAACUCCCAUCCCAGAGCUUGAACCCACGGAAGACACGAAGAUGAGUGGCAUGGAUGGGGACUCACAACUCGCAGAUUCCGAUGUGGAUGGUACUCCGCAGCGAGCCUUGCGUGGUGGUGUGGAUCGAGCUUUGGAACGGAAGCGGAAGUUAGACGAAGAACGGGAAAGGAAGGAACAGCUUGCGAAACAGCCAAAAGGUUCAAAGCAGUACCAACGGGUGCUCAAGAAGAUCGAGGAACAAAAAGCCGCUGUCAAGAAGCUCGAAGAAAAGAUUGAGGUUGUCGACAACGAUCUUAGGGAAGCCGACUGCCCACGGACCAGGUGCCUCGGAAAGGACCGCUUCUGCAACCGAUAUUGGUGGUUUGAGCGCAACGCGAUGCCAUAUGAGGGAAUGCCGAACAGUUCGACUGCGGAGGCGAAGUAUGCCAACGGGCGACUCUGGGUCCAAGGACCCGAUGAUAUGGAGCGACUUGGCUUUAUCGACGUUCCAGACGAUAUCAAAAAGCUGUAUCAAAAGCAGUUCCAUGUAUCCCCAGCGGAGCGCAAGAAGCAUGAGGAGGGCUCAACGCGGCUUUUACGCGCACACGAAUGGGGCUACUACGAUGAGCCGAAAUUGUUAGAAAAGCUUAUAGACUGGCUUGAUUCUCGAGGCGAGCGUGAGGCGAAAUUGCGCAAAGAGCUUCUGCUUCAGCGUGACAACAUCGCUAAGUCGAUGCAGACCCGACAGGCGUAUCUGGAACGAACGGAGGACGAUUCGGAGGAGAUGCCCACUAAGCGAGUGACGACGCGAAAUAAGACAUAUGUGGCCGAUAAUAAGCACCGCUGUUUGAACUGGCGGAACUCCACUGCUCUGGCAGAAAAUGGACACCUUCAUCUCGAUGCCUCACGGCCAGCCAAAAGGGCGAAGAGAGGUGCGGUUGAAGAGCCCAAGGAGAUCAAGGCCACCAACCGGCAGGGCAAGCCACUCACACGACAAGGCGCCCGAUACAGUUUCUGA